AUGCACAUCACCUGGCGCGACUCGGCUGAUCCAGUCGUCUAUGAAGAGGCCCGCGUCGGCCGAGUCUUCAACCACCGACGACCAAAACGCUAUCCCAUCGCGGUCGUGAAAGCCACCUGUGUCCAAGAUAUUAUCGAGGCCGUCAAACUCGCAAAGGAACGCAAAUGCCGCGUUGCCGUGCGUUCUGGGGGCCACUCCUGGGCGGCGUGGAGCGUGCGCGACGAGUCCAUCUUGAUCGAUCUCGGAAAUUACAAAGAGUGGACUGUGGAUGCUGGGAAUUGGGUUGCACAAGCCACGCCGAGCGUUACUGGACGGGAACUGAAUAGCAUGUUGACUGAACAGCAUGGGUUGAUGUUUCCUGGCGGCCAUUGUCCGGAUGUUGGGCUCGGCGGGUUUCUUCUGCAAGGCGGGAUGGGCUGGAACUGUCGGGGCUGGGGGUGGGCGUGCGAGAGGGUGAGGGCCAUUGACGUGGUGACGGCCGAGGGAGAGGCGCUCCAUUGCAAUCAAGAUCAGAACCAAGAUUUAUACUGGGCAGCUCGCGGUUCUGGACCAGGCUUCCCCGCCGUCGUCACGAAAUAUCACCUCGACCUGAUACCAUAUCACAAGGAUGGGAUUCGAUCAUCGGGAUACUUUUAUCCGCUCAGCAAAUACCACGAGGCAUUCAACUGGAUAGUCGGCAUCACUCCCAGCUUUGACCAAGAUACCGAAAUCGUUGCGGUCGGCUUGUACCCGGAGGAUCGCGAUGAAAUCCAUCUCUUCAUCCUAUUUGUCACACUAAAGCAAACAGCCGAAGAGGCCCACGCAGCCCUGGCACCGGCCCACAAAUCCCGCCCGCAGGGCGCAGUCAGUGAAUGGUUCUGCAAGGAAGACAGCCUGGCAAACCAAUACUUGUCGCAGAAGAACGCGAACCCCGAAGGGCACCGGUACUGCGUUGAUAACGGGUAUAUCCAUAACAACGCCGAUGUCCCCAAAGUCCUCGAAGAGGCAUUCACCACGCUACCACACCGCAAGGCUUUUGCACUCUGGUACGCAAUGAACCCGACCAGUCGUCGUGAUCUCCCCGAUAUGGCGGUCAGCGUACAUUCCGAUCACUACUUUGCUCUGUAUACCGUCUGGGAAGAUAAGAAGGAUGAUGAGCGGUGUCAGAGGUGGGUUAAGGAUGUGAUGACUCGGGUCCAUCCACACGCUGUCGGUGCUUAUCUGGGGGACUCUGAUUUUCAGGAGAGGCAGACAAAGUACUGGGCUGAGAGCAAUGCAGAGCGGUUGAGAGAUAUUCGCAAUAAAUGGGAUCCGACAGGGCGGAUUUGCGGGUACCUCGACAAGGGAGAUGUCUCAGGGACGAGAGGUCUAGAAAAUGUCCAUAUAGUUUAG